CGUAUCUCAUUUUUUACGCGAUCUCUACUCCGUCUGCGUUCGAUUCGCGUUAGCCAUCUGCUUCUGUUCGCCGUCGCUUUUGCGUUCACCGCCACCGCCGGCGCAUCUCCGGUUCACCGCUUCUUCUCUCGCCGCUUCCUGCGCUGUCCUGUCCCUCCUCUGCUUCUUCUUCACCAUUUCUGCGAUUUUCUUCUCUCAGAUCUAACUCUUCAGCUUUCUCUGGCUGCAUCGAUCUAUCAAUGGUGUUCACCAUCGAAUCUUUCAUGGAUUUUUUACUAUCCUUUUUACCAGGGAAAAUGUAAAUGUACCUUUAACUGAAAUCUCCAAUCUGCCUCUCAUGGACAAAGGCAAUGGCUGCAGCUUCUCAGCGGUUACUUCAACUGCCGUCAUUUCAAGUGUCAUUUUUGUUAUCACAUUGAUCUUGGUUCGAGUCCUUUUUGUCAUAUAUUGUAGCAGCAGGCCUAUGAGCAGAAGAGCUCAAAAACCUGUUAGUACCCUCAUUAUUUUGGGAUCAGGAGGUCAUACUGCCGAGAUGCUUGAUCUAUUGGCAGUAUUACAGAAAGAUAGGUUUUACCCAAGAUUCUAUAUAGCUGCUGCGACUGAUAACAUGAGUUUGCAAAAGGCCGAGUUGCUGGAGAACUCCCUUGCAGCAGAGAAGGGAACACCGAUAACCAAUGCUGGAAAGUUCAUGAAGAUAUAUCGGAGUAGGGAAGUUGGUCAAUCUUAUAUAACCUCAAUUUGGACUACUUUAGUUGCAAUGGUACAUGCCCUAUGGCUGAUGAUUAAAAUUAGACCUGAAGUGAUACUUUGCAAUGGACCUGGAACUUGCAUUCCCAUUUGUGCAAUUGCAUUCGUAUUUAAGGUACUUGGGAUCAGAUGGUCAUCAAUUUUCUAUGUCGAGAGUAUUGCGAGAGUGAGGAGGCUCUCCUUGAGUGGACUGCUUCUGUACAAGUUGCGAAUCGCCGAUCAACUCUUUGUUCAAUGGCCACGGCUGCAACAGCAAUAUCCGCGAGCUAUCUAUGUUGGCCGUCUUAUGUAACUCAUUGUUUCCUUUAAUAUCAAUUGAGAGAAUUUUGUAUACUGAAUCCAAAACAGCAAAACAUAAUUUUGCCUUGAUUGAGAAAUAUUGUUGUAUAAGCAAAUCCUUCCUUACUUUGCAAUGGGUUCAUAGACGUGGGCUUUUUGUGGCAGUUUCAUUGGUUUUAAAUUUCGAAGAUUAAUUCUUCUAAUGGAUAUGCCAGACUUUUUCUAUACAUCCU